AUGGGGGCCUGGCCGAGGACGCGGUGGUGGCGGCCGCUGCAGGGCCCCCCUCGGCCGGCGGCCUCCGGGACCCGCUUCUGGAGCGUCUGCUGGCUGGUGCUGGGCGCCUGGCGGGGGCUGCUGGCCUCGGCCUGCCCCACCGCGUGCACGUGCAGCCCCGAGCGGAUCUGGUGCAGCGACCCUGCCGUGCCCCUCGGGUCCUUCCCGGUGCUCGGCAAGAGGAGCGAGCGGGAGAAAGUCACCGACAUUUAUAUUGCAAAUCAGCGGAAGCUAGAAAGCAUCAAUGAUCAAGAUGUUGGCCCUUAUGUAGGAUUGAAAAAUCUGACUGUGGUGGAUUCAGGUUUGAAGUUUGUCUCACGUCAUGCUUUCCUGAAAAAUACCAACUUGCAGUAUAUAAACUUCUCAAGAAACAAGCUCUCAAGUUUGUCUAGAAAACCUUUCCGUCACCUGAAUUUGACUGAUCUGAUUUUGGAAGGAAAUCCAUUCAAGUGUUCCUGUGACAUUAUGUGGAUCAAAAUAUUCCAAGAGACCAAGAUACCAAAAACAGAAAUCCGAGAUUUUUACUGUGUGAAUGACUACAACCAGAGGGUGUCUCUGAUGGAGAAGCCAGUCCCAAACUGUGGUAAGCCUUCAGUCAGGCUGAGCACACACAACUUCACUGUUGUUGAAGGAAGAAGUGUCACAUUGUAUUGCGAUGCUACAGGAACUCCAUCACCAGUUAUAUCUUGGAUUUUCAAUAACCUUAUUUCAAAACAUGAGAUUGAUACAAAUAAGAACCCAGCUUCUCUUACCAUAAAGAAUGUCUCAUCCAAUGACAGUGGAGCGCUGAUUUCUUGUGUAGCAGAAAAUAAUGUGGGCGAAGACCAAAUUUCUGUUGAUCUCACAGUGUUCUUUGCACCAAAUAUCACAUUUCUUGAAUUGCCAUAUCCAGACCACCACUGGUGUAUUCCAUUCAGUGUUCGAGGGAACCCACAACCUACUCUAACAUGGUUGCACGAUGGAGUAAAACUGAAUGAAUCGGACUAUAUCUGGACUAAAAUACAUGUUAUCAAUCAGACUGAAUACCAUGGCUGCCUUCAGUUGGAUAACCCUACUCAUGUGAACAAUGGAGAUUAUACCUUGGUGGCACAGAAUCAAUAUGGAAAAGAUGAAGCAAGCAUUUCUGCUCAUUUUAUGGAAGAUCCUGGAGAGCAGAACUUGGUGGACUUCUGGUUCCCAGGCACAGAUGUGACAGACUUUACAGGUAGUCCAUUCUAUGACCAUAUCGGUUAUAUGGGACCUGAGGAUUACGGGACCACGACCAAUGACUUUGAGGACACUACAAAUAAUAGUAAUUCAGUUACUUCUACGGGUGUUUCCAACAAAGACAAUGAAGAUAGCAUCACUGUUUAUGUUGUAGUGGGGACUGCCGCAUUAGUGUGCACUGGCUUAGUCAUUAUGCUCAUUAUUCUCAAAUUUGGAAGACAUUCAAAGUUUGGAAUGAAAGUUCAAUUAAAACAAGGUGGUCUGGUAGAUCAAAUGUGGCUGUCAUUGCAAGACUGCGAUAAUGAAGGUCCUUCUUCAGUUAUCAGCAAUGACGACGAUUCAGCAAGUCCUCUCCAUCACAUCUCUAAUGGGAGUAACACUCCAUCUUCUUCUGAGGGUGGUCCAGAUGCAGUAAUUAUUGGAAUGACGAAGAUUCCGGUAAUUGAAAAUCCUCAGUAUUUUGGAAUCACAAACAGUCAACUCAAGCCUGACACAUUUGUCCAGCACAUCAAGAGACACAAUAUUGUUCUAAAAAGAGAACUAGGAGAAGGAGCUUUUGGUAAAGUCUUCUUGGCUGAGUGUUAUAACCUGUGUUCUGAGCAGGAUAAAAUCUUGGUUGCAGUGAAGACACUAAAAGACGCUAGCGACAAUGCCCGCAAAGAUUUCCAUCGAGAGGCAGAACUGCUGACCAAUUUACAGCAUGAGCACAUUGUGAAGUUCUAUGGGGUGUGUGUGGAGGGGGAUCCUCUCAUCAUGGUCUUCGAAUACAUGAAGCACGGAGACCUCAACAAAUUCCUCAGGGCACAUGGACCUGAUGCAGUUCUGAUGGCUGAAGGUAAUCGUCUAGCUGAGCUGACCCAGUCACAGAUGUUGCAUAUUGCCCAGCAAAUCGCAGCUGGUAUGGUUUACUUGGCAUCACAGCACUUUGUGCACCGUGACCUCGCCACUCGGAAUUGUCUAGUUGGUGAAAACUUGUUGGUGAAAAUUGGAGAUUUUGGAAUGUCAAGAGAUGUAUACAGCACAGAUUAUUACAGGGUUGGUGGACAUACCAUGUUACCCAUUCGUUGGAUGCCUCCUGAAAGUAUCAUGUACAGAAAAUUCACCACUGAAAGUGAUGUCUGGAGCCUUGGAGUCGUUUUAUGGGAAAUCUUUACAUACGGCAAACAGCCAUGGUAUCAGCUCUCAAACAAUGAGGUAAUCGAGUGCAUCACUCAAGGCCGGGUCCUGCAGCGACCUCGUACAUGCCCAAAGGAAGUGUAUGAUCUGAUGCUAGGUUGCUGGCAGCGGGAGCCUCAUAUGAGGCUUAACAUCAAAGAAAUCCACUCCCUCCUUCAGAACUUGGCCAAGGCCUCUCCAGUCUAUCUGGAUAUUCUAGGCUAGCAACUCCCAGCACUUCCUCUUAUGGAGUGUAUGAACGAAUGUGUUCAAUCGCCACUAAACUCCAUUAAAAUGUGUUCUUACCUCUGACAGUAUUAAAGACAAGGAAAUGGAGACACUUUCAAAGGGCAAGCUGUGUGCAUUUCUCCCUGUGUAGACACAGUAUUAACAUUACUGAAAUGUAUCUCUAAUGUCCCUCAUACUUUCUGUUUCUCUAUUUUUUCCUCAAUUUAUAUUCAAUCUGGCUUCUGCAUUAUUACAACUCUGCAUAGACAAAGGCCUUAAAAACCUGAUCUAUUAUAUCAAGACACUCAGUUUUGCCCAUCACAAAUAACAAUGCCUUGUAUUCAUGCCUUUGAUCUGGAUAAAAAAGGGAAAAAUUGACUUUGUGACUUAUGUACGGAUAUCCGGAGCUUCUAUGGAUUCACCUCUACUUCAUUUGCUUUGGCAUCUGGGUGGAAAGCAGAAGACUGGCAUUCUCUAUGGGAAACUUCUUUUUUUCUAGCUGAGAUCAAGCCAGAGGGAAACAAAUAAGCAUAUUGUAUAAUGCACUGUAUGGAGAAAUUAUAGGAUCAGAUGGCAUCCAACAUACCACUUUAAAAUGUAAUGAAAUUAUUUA